GCCCCUGGAAAUCUUCGGUGGCGGCGCUCCAGCUCCGCGGCCUUCCAAGCGCAGGAUCACAGUUUCCGUGACGUCCGCCGGCGACAGAGAGGACGUAAACGCAGCACGUAAAACAAAACAGAUGGCAGCAGGAGGACGUCAGCCGAGCAGCUAGCAGCCCGAGGCGGACGGGUGCCCACACAUUUCCCCGAGAAGACCGAGGAGAAGAGACACUAGCGACCACUCUCCUAGACGGCCCUAGUUAGUUAGCUCCCAGAUUAAACAGGUUAUUCAGUCAAUUGGGAAAAAAAAACUCUCCUGAAAAAUCGACGUUUCUUUGACAAAGAAGGUCAGCUCACCAGGUUGCAGACAAAGCUAUGGCCCAGGAGACCAAUCAGAGCCCGGUUCCUAUGCUCUGUGCCACCGGCUGUGGUUUCUAUGGCAACCCCAGGACUAAUGGCAUGUGCUCUGUGUGCCACAAGGAGCACCUAUCGAGACAGAACAAUGGAGGAGUCAGUUCUCUGAGUGCCGUGGGCAGCAGCAGCAGCCCCACAGCUGAGGCUUCCGCCAUCCAGAGGUUAGAGGCCACGUUGAAUAAUGCCGCGGCCGCUGCAGUCGCUGCUGCAGAGGUGGCAGCUGAGGCCGCCGCCGCCGCCUCGGCCGAAGCUGCUGCCGUCACCGAGGCUCUCAGUGGAAUUUCAACUACCAUAUCAGUAACACAGCAGAUGACAGAGAUGAGUCUGUCCUCUGAGGAGAAAGAAGCAUCAGGAAGCAAAGUAGAGCUCACAGAGCCAGUGGUGACUCAGCCCACCAUCUCAACCCCUCACCCCUCCACUGCUGGCAGUGAAGAGUCCAAAUCCCCAGAGCCCCCGAAGCCCAAGAAGAACCGCUGCUUUAUGUGCCGCAAGAAGGUUGGCCUUACAGGUUUUGACUGCCGCUGUGGGAAUCUGUUCUGCGGACUCCACCGUUACUCCGAUAAGCACAACUGUCCGUACGACUACAAAGCCGAAGCUGCCGCCAAGAUCCGCAAAGAGAACCCCGUCGUGGUGGCCGACAAGAUCCAGAGAAUAUGAAGAGGACUUUGAACACUGAGAGGCUUUCAGAAGUGGACUUGAGCCCAACCUUCUCCUUGAAGGGCCUGUUUUUGUUUUCCGUUCCUUUGUUACACAUUCAGGACUUUUUCCCUCCACAGUGCAUGAAAAGUUCACAUCCAUUUUCAGCUUUCAUUCUUGUUUGUGUGUGAGUUUGUUAUUUUUUUGCAGGGUUGUGUUGAACAAAGAAAUACUGUAUGAGAGGAUGAAGGUGACGGGAGGCGAAGGAAAAAAAAAGAUGAGUCUGUUUCCUCCUGAAAUCGCUUGAGCUCUGUUUGGAAAAAGGGGCUCGGACUUUCGGAGCCUGUUUGAAAACUGUUCCUGCUGACGGUGAAAUCUCGGCCGUGCUUGCUCUCUGCUGGCUUGAGUAGCAAAAAUAAUGGAUAUCUUGCUUUUUUUGUGUGUGUUUGACCUCAACUCCUGGAGGUUUUGAAUCGAUCUGAAAAUGCUUCUCUGUGCCACCAGAAUCACACAGCUCAGACUUGUUGCUAGACUCUAAGGAAAAAGCCUUUUUUUUUGCUGAUUUUCUGACUUUCUCCUCUGCCAUUGAUGACGCUGUGGCUCUCUGCUCUGGAUGGACCGCCUGUGGACUCCCGUGUUCUUUAUCUUUUCGGUCUUUUAAACCGUCCACCGAGGAUACACGUCGCCCGGCUGUUUUCCAACAUUAUUUUGCUUUUAUUUUGUUCUCCAGAGAAGUGGCGUGUUGUUGUACAAUGAGUAGCCUUCGGAAGGGUUUAGCUCCACUAACAUGUUCGUCUUUUACUUCACUAUUGAAUGUUUUCUUCUAUUUUUAAUGUGACUUUGAUGAAUCCGCGGCGUUGGGAGCGCUGCGUACCGGUGAAUGAAUAUCAUACGAGGCUAAACGGUUGUGUGCUGCCGCGACUUAGUGAGACCAGUAGUUUAUUAAUAAUUUUAUCCAUUUUUUUUUGUUGAUUUUCUUUCUCUUUUUUUCCUUUUUUUGUUUUGGUCUGGCUGCUUAAUCUGUGUGUUUUUGUUUUUUUACCCUUUAGUUAUACAAGUUUGUACAAACCUCUUUAUUUAUAUACUGCAGUGCGCGUAAUCUUCCAAUAAAACAGAAUAAAUUGUACGACGUAAAUAAAUUAUGUUCACAAAUAUACCAUAAGGGAUCCAUGGCCCUUCAUCUGAUGCCGCCGUCUUCCCAUUCAGUCGGAACUGUUAGCUUGGGUAUACAAAUGAUUCAAAUAUCCUGAGAAAAAUGCACAUAGAGGAGACAAAAUAUUAGUGUUUAAUGUACAUUUUUCUGCCAAUUGUUGGAAUAUUUCUUGUCUGCUUUACUUCUCUUCCAUGGAUGAGUUUUGUUACUGAUCUCUUUCUUUUUAAAGCUCCGCUGGUCAUUGAUUAAACUCAAAAAUUCAACUCUGUAUCAAAUUUGCACAAUUAUAAAGUUUUUCAAUGAGAAAGAUC